AUGACUGACCCGCAGCCCUUGCCUGAGCUCGUGCUAAAGCGCAUCGACUGCUUCAAGCGGUUCGCCCGACCAGGGGCAGCAGAUUGCGACCAUCCUGAACCGGAUCCUCGCGCAGCACCUCGCUCUGCCCGAGGACACCAUCUCCGCGGUCCAGCGGCCGGCCUAGCCGUCCGGCAUGACCAUCCGCCUCAUCGAGACCUUUUCGAGCCCCGCCGACGAGGACCUCCGCACGAGCUUGGCGCACCACACCGACUUUGGCACCGCUCACGCUUGCUGGCCAACGUCGUCGGCGGGCUGCAGGUCCGGAGGCGUGGCGGUCGGCGCGCCCGCGCGGCCGGGCAGGCUCAUGGCGAACCUUGGCGCGGUGGAUAG